AUGACGGCGGAGCGGGGUCACUGGAACAACCUGACCACCCUGCAGAAAGCCGCGGUGGUCCUGGGGAUCCCGGCCAGCGCUGCCAUCCUCUACAUCCUGUACCGCAGGUACCGGGAGAGCCGAGAGGAGCGGCUGACCUUUGUGGGAGACGAGGAGCUGGAAAUUGAGGUGCGAGUUCCUCGGGCCACCGUGAAAUCCAUCAUCGGCCGGAAGGGAGCCACCAUCAAAAAGGUGAGGGAUGCCGGAGUCUGCCGGGCAAAAGCCACCAUCCACCAGAUCGUGACAGAGAGCAUCCCGGUGUCGGAGCAGCUCUGCGUACCCCAGAGAGCCGUCGGCAGGAUUAUUGGCCGGGGCGGCGAGACGGUGCGGGGCAUCUGCCGCAUUCCCAGCCCUGAUUUCGGCUUCCACGCGGACGAGCACCUGGAAGUUUACGUCUCAGCCGCGGAACACCCCCACCAUUUCUGGAUCCAGAUCGUCGGCCAACGCAGCCUGCAGCUGGGCAA